UGACAGUGAGUGACUGUCGACUGUGCUGCUGUCGAUAUCACAGACCAAUAACAUAUUUUAUUUACAUUUUUAAUUAGCAAAUUGCAUCUAUGAAUUGGUUGUGUUAAAAAUAUUAAACUCACCAUGAUAGGACGAACAAAAUCCGUAACGAGAACAAAGGUUAAUUGAUUACUUAUUAUAAACACUGAAAAAAUAAUUUUCAAGAUGAUAUUUUCGAAGUCAGCGUUAACAUUAGUUUGUGUUUUAUUAUUGCUUUUGUCUAUAUUCAUGGCAAAUUUAUUAAAUAUAAUCGCUAUAAAUAAUAACUUUUACGCUGAGAACAAAAGCCAAGGAGAGAAUUUCACUAAAUAUUUAGAAGAAAAGUAUGGAAAAAUGACAGAUACUGCUGAUAAUCUAAUGUGGUUUUUGCAAAUUUCUGACAUACACAUCAGUAUAUUCCGUGACCCAGGAAGAAUAUCUCAGUUUCAACAGUUUUGUGACAGUACUGUAAAAAAAAUUAAGCCUCUCAUUGUAUUGGCAACUGGAGACCUCACAGAUGCAAAAGCAAAGGAUAACCUGGGAAGCUCUCAAGUGAAAACAGAAUGGGUCUAUUAUUACAAUAUUGUAAAGGAGUCUGGGGUCACAGAGCACACCACAUGGCUAGAUAUAAGAGGGAAUCAUGAUAAUUUUAAUAUUCCAACCUUAAAUUCUCAAGAGAAUUAUUUUAGAAACUUUUCAGUGCAAGGAGGCACUCAUUCAAAAUCAUAUGUUCAUAUUGUAGAAUAUAAUGGCCUUAGAAUAGCAUUUUUGGGUAUCGACGCAUGCCCGGAGCCUGGAUUGCGGCGACCCUUUAACUUUAUUGGUAUCUUGGAUGCCCAAGAACAGCAAAAUAUACAGCGAUUGAGAAAUGAGGCGGACAGCAAGGCUGACCACAUCGUCUGGUUCGGACACUAUCCAACAUCUUGUAUAUUGUCAGUAGAACAAGACUUUGAAAAACUGAAUCUAAGGCAACUCAUGGGAAAUACUAAGGGAUCCCAGGCUUAUGUGUGUGGUCACCUGCAUUCCAUGGGAGGAAUGAUUCCAAGGAUGUAUACCAAACAUAAAAAAGGGUACUUAGAACUUGAACUGGGUGACUGGAAAGAUAACAGAAUGUAUCGGUUGGCCGCCAUCGACCAUGGAUUAUUUUCGUUUGUUGAUCAAAAGCACAAUACUUGGCCACUUGUUCUAGUAACAAAUCCGAAGCAUGCUCGAUACAAUUUGCCCGGGCGUGAGCCGCUUCAGUUAAUACCCGAGUCAACUCACAUCAGAAUAUUAGCAUUUAGCGAUGUCAACAUGGAAACUGUGCAAAUAUCUUUUGACAACAUCAGUUGGAUGAAAUGCAAAUGUACUAAAGGGCCACUUUACGCAUGUCGUUGGCUGCCGCACCUGUUCUCUACGGGAGUGCAUAAAUUGUAUGUUUCGGCAAAAGAUGAAAUGGGAAAAGAAACCUAUUUAGAGCAUCCGUUUUCAUUGGAUGGGACUGUGGUGCCAUUUGAAGUAACGCCUAGAUUUUUACUCAUGGUAGACGCUGGUGUAGUGUUUCAGGCACUGUUUGGAACUCUUUUGAUGAUUAAUGUGUUGCCGUUAGUGAUAUUGAGGUUACAGAAGCGACCACCAAAAUAUAGAAGAAAAUGCGGUCGCCAAAUACUACGUAGAGUUUGGCUAUUGAGCAAAAUCAAUCGGAUAUUCUAUCCAAUCGCACUCUAUGCGAUUUACUUACCCUUCGGACCAUGGGCAAUCGGGGAACUUAUAGAGGGGUACAUAGGAACGAUAUUCGCGUGGGGAAUAUUAAUCAAAGGUUCCUAUCUACCUGAGCCAUUGACAUACAUGUAUGGCAGUGUACAGUUAAUGUUUGUGCAGAUACCACUCAUUUUCGUAUUGGCCCAAUGUCUGGAGACUAGACUUAUUGGUCAAAAUUUGAGAUACUACCAACAUCUUAUAAAACAUUUGCCCUUCAUUUUUCUUUUAUCAAUACAGUCAUUAUUAGCAUACUUUUUCUGGUUGGAAUAUGGCACAAUGGCAUUUUUGUUUGGGCCUUUAAAAACUUGGAGUGUAGCCUUGAGCGUAUGGUUAUGGUACAAAACUUUGACUCUGCCUCCUGAACUUUGCAGGUAUCUGAUCAGAUUGAAUGAAACACCGUCGUAAAUGACCAGAAAGUAUUUUUAUAUCGCAUUUCUACAAAGUAACAUAUUGUUGUAUGUGAGAAAGCUGUAUAUAAUAUUAUUAUAUGGAUAGCGCAUAACUGAGUAGGCUCCUGCGGCAGUUGAGCGGUGCGGAAGAGUGACAGUUGUCAUAAGUUGACGAAUCACUGAGCUCUCGCGUCACGUUAUCACACCCCUUUUUUUUCGUGGGAAAUCCUCAUGGAUACCACCGCGCCCGGGGAGGCACGGAGGUUAUGUCGGACUUUUACCGACUAAAGGUCCGUUCAGACAGACCGGCUCGGACAGAAUCGGACGGUGCUCUUCUUUUCACACAGACCUCCAGCGCGCGUACGGUUGGAACUGGCCGGAGCGACCAAGCUUUGUUUCACAUAGACCGGCUGGAAGAGCACUAUUCAAGCGGCUACGCUGCGCUAAUGCGGAGUACGGAGCUGUUCGGCUGCGCUAGAGCGGAAGAGCGCGUCAGCAGAAAUCAUACGUAGCCGGUCGGCUCCUUUUAUUUUUUCACACUAACCGCGUAAGGUUUGCUCUCCGGCAUUCUCAAUAACAAAAAAGGUGAACUGUAAAAAUAAACCUUAUUUCAACUAUCCAACACUCUAUUUUAAUCGCUAUCAAAAUCUGCGGUCCGGUCCGAGCAGGUCUGUCUGAACGGACCCUAAAACCCCACGGCGUUCCACGCAUCGCCUGAUGGCCAGGUUACGGGGCCAAACACGCCAUCACACCCCUUCCGCAACACUCCACUACUGCUGGUACCUACUCAGUUAUAUGCGUUAUGCCUGUA